UUCAAUUUAUUAAGACUAUAAGAAAUAAUUGGAAGAAAUCCCUCGUAGGAGCUGCAGCAUUAUCAUAUGGAAUUUCAUACAGUAAAGAUGCAUACGAAGCAGUUAAUGAGAGAACAUUGUGAAAACGUAUCGCAGUAUGGUGAUAUGCCAUGCCCAACAAAUAGAAAAAAUCGCCAUGUGACUAUUAUUUUAAAUCCAAGUGCUAAAAAAGGAAAAGCUAAGAAAUUGUAUACAAAUUAUUGUGAGCCGCUAUUACAAUUAGCUGGAAUAGCAGUGAAUGUAAUAGAGACUGAAUCUGAUAAUGAGGCUCGAAAAAUUGUAAUGAAUUUAGAUACACCUACUGAUGCUAUCAUAGUGGCAGGAGGAGAUGGUACUUUGUCCGAUGUUUUAACAGGAUUAGUAAGAAAAUAUAAUUCCAAUAUUAAUUCAGUUAAACAGUGUCCUAUUGGUAUUCUACCAUUGGGAUUAACAAACAGAGUUGCAAAAUCCUUAUAUCAUGAAUAUGAUAAUUUGACCAAUGUAAGGCAAUGUAUAGAAGCUACAAUGGCAAUUAUAGAUGAAAAAUCUAAAAUGAUGGAUAUGAUUGAGAUUGCACCUAUCGAAGAAAAUUCUGAAGAGCCGGUAAGACCAAUUUAUGCUAUGGGAACGAUUGAAUGGGGUGCAUGGAAAAAUGCACAUGCUCUUGCUAAGAAAUAUUGGUACUGGGGACCUUUAAAAAAAUACGCGACGUAUGUAUUUAAUGGAUAUAAGGAGACCUUGAGCUGGAAUUACGACGUAUUAAUGAAUUAUACAAAUCCUUGUGAUGGUUGUUCCCAUUGUUAUCAAAAAGAUUUUGUAUCAUCAAAUAAAAGGUGGUGGCAUGCCUUUGUUUCAAGAAGAAAUACUAUAACAGACAACGUCGAUUACAGCAGAAUAAUAAAUGAAAACUGUGGUGUUCGUCACGAAUUACCUGUAUCAACGAGCGAACUGCAUAUAGAAACAUCCAAUAUAGACAAAUCACAAGCUUUGUCAUCAUCGCCAUUAUCAUCUUUAAAAGUGAAAAAGGGUCCGAAGUGUGAAAAUUAUUUUUCGUUCGUGGUUGAAGGUUGGAAACAAGAAAAUAAUAAUGAACAACUGUACGAACAGAUAAUAGAAGCAAAGGAUAUUGAAUUAAUUCCACAAGAGAUCACUAAUGAAAACACAUUGUAUAUUGAUAACGAAGAAUACGAACUGAAAACAGUUAAGAUUAAAUUGCUUUCGCGCGCAGUAAAAGUAUUUUGUCCUCGAUCAAACAUCAAUUAA